AAUGAAUAUUGUGCAUUGUCUCAAAUUCGAGAUAAUGAAACUCCUAGUGAGUGGAAAGAAAGAAUUUGGCCACAUUUACAAUAUUUUAGAAAUAAUAAUCUUUUACCAGACUCUGGUAAAAAAUAUUUAAAAGGUAUAAAAAUAAUAUAUUCUUGGGAUAAUUCGUCAGAUUUAAUUGAAAAUGGAAUCGCUAUUUGCUUAUCUUGUGACCAGUUAGUAUAUAUUGGAAAAAAAUAUAAAUACUGGUAA